UUAACACUUUCCUGCAAAAUCCGGAAGUCGUUAUCUGAUAUCCUUUUCCCGCUGUCUCAGGAAGUAAUGUGAUUCAAUCUUCUUAAAAUGGAAAGUAAUUUCUCCAGUAUGACUCCAAAUGCUGCAUUUGCGCAAGCAAACAAUCAUCUUGCACUCAAUUUGCAUAGACAACUGGCUAGGGAAGGUGGCAAUGUUUUCUUUUCGCCUUUUAGUCUUUCGAUUGCUUUGGCAAUGCUGUAUUGGGGAACUCGGAACGAAACAGCUCGUGAAAUGAGACAUGUUCUUGGAUAUGAUUCUGCAAACAUCACAGAUGAUAACCUUCUGUCUAGUUUCAAUGAGCUUCUAUCCAAAUUGGAUAGAACUUCAGAGAACUAUGUGUUAAGUUAUGCAAAUAGUUUAUUAUAUCAAAGUGGUUUUGCUGUUAAAGAAGAAUAUAAAUCAGCUAUGAAUGAAAUCUUCAGAGCUCUGAUGGUUGAAGUGGAUUUCACGCGUGAUUCUGAGAAAGUUGUCAAGCAAAUAAAUGAAUGGGUGAAAACUAAAACGAAUAACAUGAUACCUCAGUUAUUAAAGUCUCUCGAUCCUAUGACAGUUAUGGUAAUACUCAAUGCCGUAUAUUUUAAGGGAGCGUGGUCAAAACCAUUUGAUGAAAGGUUUACAGGUUUGCAAAACUUCUAUAACAAUGGGAAGCGAUAUGGUGCAAAAGAAGUAGAAAUGAUGUACCACAGAGAAUCAUUUUUUUACUUGGAGAAGGAAACUUUCAAGGCUUUAAAAUUACCAUAUGAAGGAGGAGAAGUAGCUAUGCUGGUCUUUUUGCCUCAUUCUAGAAAUGGUUUGAGGCAGUUAGAAAGACAAUUGUCUUCCACUUUUGUUCAAGAUAUAGAAAGUGCAAUGUAUGAAACAACUGUAGAAGUAGCGUUACCGAAAUUUCGAUUGGAAUAUUCAAAAUCCAUGAAGAAAGCUCUCCAAGCUUUAGGAAUGAACCUUGUGUUUCAAAAUGGAGCAGAUCUUGGUGGAAUAAGUGAUUCUAAAGAAUUAAAGGUUUCAGAUAUCAUUCACAAAGCUGCUGUUGUUGUGAAUGAAGAAGGAAGCGAAGCGGCUGCUGUAACGGCCAUUCUUGUGACCACUUACUCAUUGUCGUUUGAUCCUACAUUUAUAGUGGAUCAUCCGUUCAUGUUUGUUAUUUAUGACACCAAGAGCUCUCACAUUCUUUUCAUGGGCAAAGUACGAGAAUUGUGAACUAAUAAUGAAAAUCUUAGCUCGAGAGUCAAGUCGAAGAGUUGGUUUUCACGAACUCCAGAUGAAUCUACUUGAUUUAAUAUUAUCAUCUAAUAGAAACAAGUUAUAUAAUAUGUAACCUGAAUGAUAAAAAAUAAAGUAAAUAGAACUA